AUGCCCAGGACAUUACCCUGGCUCCUUGAGAAGAAGGAUGAGGGACGCGUCAAACGAGAGUCAACCCCACGGAAGCGCAUCAAGCGCGAGGCGGAUGCAGACCCAGACCUAACGCCUAAACCACCCACCUCUCCCAACAGGACAGACUUCUUCAGAUCAUCACAGACUCCUCCUACAUCCCCCGCCCGCGCAUGUCCUACCGAAGAAUUUCUCCUAGAGGGAUUAGAUAAGGAUGACGCAUGGGUCAUGGUAGAAGACGAGUUCUACGCUAUCGCACAAACAUUCACCAAGCACCUUCACUACGCGGAGUACGUACGACGAAAGAAAGAAGCCAAGGCCCGGGGUGCAGAAGCGAUAAAGGAAAUACAAAGGCCGACAGAUGGCCAAACGACGAUUCCGGAUGCUGUCUUGUUGAGAAAGGGCGCGGAAGCACUGGCCGCGCGCCAGCAACAGGGUCUGGCACGACUGCACGGACCGGUUGAUGACCUGGAGGAGCAUAGCGAUGAGGAUGAUGGUGCUUGGACUGGGACCCAUCUUCAUGGUCUAAUGACGAGUCCGCGGAAAUCGCGAUCCCUGGUCGGUUCCUAUGGUAUCAAAUCCUCGACCAGAGCUGCUGCAGGCUUUAGACAAGCCUUUAGGUCCGACUGCGACGAAGGACUGGCUCGAAGGUCUCAAAAUAUUCCUCCUCCACAAGCCGUUCAGCCGAAAGAAGUGAUUGACAUUGAGACGGCAUCGGAGGAAGACUCUGAUGGAGAGGUUUACCCAAUCGCUAUACCAUCGAAUACCAGACGAGAUAGCACACCCAGUAGAACCUCAGAAAGACCGACUCCACCCGCAAGGCGGCAAAUAAGCAGCACACUGACGAAAUCUACGCAGAAAACACCUACAAUGCGCAUGCAGAGACCAACGACAACAACGCCAACACCUAAGAGCAGUAAACCAGCAACUGUUUUCAAGUCAAGAGUUCAAAUUUUAUUUGAUGACCUUGAUGAGCUACCAGAGCCAUCUCAGCUUAGUUCAUAUAUCUCUGACAAGAAAGAAGGAGCUGGCCCUGGAGACAGUGCAUCCAGGGAAGCCUCUGGGACCAACAAUUUGGAGUCCAAAUCCCGCUAUAAUGACGUGCCGACUUUUUUGAUGUGA